AUGGACGCCCAAGGUAGAAAAGUAAUUGUCUGCGAUAAUGGUACCGGCUAUAUCAAAUGUGGCUAUUGUACGUCAAACUUUCCUGAUUUUGUAUUUCCAUGUAUGGUUGGUCGACCGUUGAUUCGAUCACGUGCUAAAGUUAAUAACAUUGAAGUUCAAGAUAUUAUGGUUUGUGAUGAAGCACAAAAAGUUCGACAAAUGCUCGAUAUUAAUUAUCCUGUUGAGAAUGGUAUUGUAACUAAUUGGGAAGAUAUGAAACAUAUUUACACAUAUUUGUUCGGUCCAAAAAAAAUGAAUAUUGAGCCAGAUAAAGCAAAAAUUCUUUUAACAGAAGCGCCAUUGAAUCCAAUCAAAAAUCGUGCGAAAAUGUUAGAAGUCAUGCUGGACGGAUUUGGAUUUCACGAAUGUUCAUUAGCCUAUCAAGCAAUUCUGACUUUGUACGCUCAAGGAAUUUUAACUGGUGUAGUUGUUGAUAUCGGUGAUGGUGUUACACAUGUUUGUCCGGUUAUUGAUGGUUUUUGUUUACAAAAUUCCAUUGCACGUCUUAAUAUUGCUGGAAGAGAUAUAACAAGAUAUCUGAUUCGUUUAUUACUUCUUCGCGGGUAUGUAUUUAACCAAACGGCUGAUUUUGACACGGUUCAGCAGAUCAAAGAAAAACUUUGCUAUGUUGCACAUGAUCUUGAUCAAGAACGACAUUUAGCGUUAGAUACAACUGUUCUUGUUGAAAGUUAUACAUUACCCGAUGGGCGAACAAUAAAACUGUCUGGUGAACGAUUCGAAGCGCCCGAAGUGCUCUUUCGUCCAUCGUUAUUAGGCAUGGAAGUUAGCGGUGUUGCUGAACAAGUUUUUAAAGUUAUCAAUAGUGCACCCAUGGACGACCGAAGAAAACUCUACAAACAAAUUGUACUCAGUGGAGGAACAACGAUGUAUCCAGGGUUUGGCACACGCCUUGAACGAGAAUUAGAAAAACUUUACGAAGAACGGGUUCUUAAAGGACAAACAGAUAAAUCAGCGAAGAAUGUCAUCUGUAUUGAAGCUCCGCCACGUCGUAAAAAUAUGGUCUUCUUAGGUGGCGCUGUUUAUGCUAAUUUAGUCAAAGAUACGCCAUCACAAUGGAUCUCACGACGUGAUUAUCAGGAACAAGGCAUCGAACGAUGUGUACAACGCUUGAAUCAAAUAUGUCCACGGUAG